AUGCGAUUCCUUUGCGUAGUUUUCCUUGCCUGCCUGGUGGCUGUGGCUUUGGCGGCCGAUGCUUCCUCCUCGGACACCGCUUCCUCGGACAGCUCCUCCUCGGACAGCAGCUCUUCGGACUCCUCUAGCAGUACUCCCUCGGAGAGCAGCUCUUCGGACUCCUCCAGCUCGACUCCCUCGGACAGCUCCUCAUCGUCCUCGUCCACUCCUUCCUCCUCAUCCACCUCGUCGAACUCCACGUCAGAUACUACAACUACCACCACCACCACAACUACCACAACCACUGCUGCCAGCACCAAGAAGCACAAGCACGUCCGUCACUUUACCAUCCAUCGUCUUCGCAGUGGAGUCACCAGAAGGAUCAGGAUAAAAAAUGGCAGUUCCAAGAGGAGCAAGUCCAGUAGGAGCAGGUCCAACUCGAGCAGGUCCAAGAGGAACAACCGUCGUCUUCGCACCACCCGCCGCGGUUAG